GCCAGAUUAGAUGUUCAGGGAAACCCGUGCGUGUGAAGCGUGUGCUUGCCCUAACUUCGUACAAAAUGGGUGUGUGAACAUAAGAACAGCCCUGCUGUAUCGGGCCCAAGGCCCACCUAGUCCAGCAUCUUGUUUCACACAGUGGCCCACCAGAUGCCACUGGAAGCUGGCUGUGUGUGUGUGUGUGUGGACUCUAUGCCAGAAGGAGCACUUGGGGGAAGACAGUAAAACCAAUCUAGGUCUUCUCCCUCCCCAGACCAGAGUAUAAUGUAGAGGCAGGAAAGCAUGAGGCGGAAAUGGCACUUCUGUGAGGGUUCGCCUCAGUUGCUGUAUCUUCCCUAGAGAAACCUGGAAUGUGAGGGGGAGGGGAGUGCCGGUGUCUCUGUUCCCUCACAAAGAGGAGAAAUGGCAGCUUGAGUCUCUGCCAUUCUGGCUGCCCUGCUCUGUGGACCUCCAGCGCUUGGGUGUGAUCCCGUCCUCUUCACCCCAGUGCAGUCUCUGUGCCUCUCCAAAGCACGAGAGGGAUUGAUAUUGGGUCUCCCUUCCUAGACUUGAAGGGUUGAGAAGUUUACUCUCACACCGCUCCUGAGGCAAUCUGCUCCUGAGGCAAUCUGCUCCCGUCCUUAUGGAGUGGGUUGAUACGUGCCUAGGGAUCACACUAGAUAUUUUGGUAGAAUUUGAUAUUGCUAAGUUACUCUAUUUCUGGUUGACAUUACAUCCAUACACAACCCUCCUAACAUGUGCAGCUUCUGACUUCCUGUGUCUCUUUGAAUUACACAAUAGGAUAAAUUGUACCAUUUCCCCUGCACGGCAACAAAAUGGAUUUAGAACAUUCAUCUAAGAUGUAAAAGAAUUCAGAUUUUUGAGGUACAGUACUACUUGGAUCAGCUGAAGAUGCAGCAGAAGGAGUAUAUUCAGCAGGUGUCAUCGUCUGGACUCUUCUGCACACUUCCCAUACUAGCAAAACUUGUUUUUAAAGCAAGAUGGUUUACAAAAUCCUCAUAUACUGACUUCUAUUAAAGCUGUUCUCCAAAAGAACUAUGUGUCUGCAAUGAACACAUCUCCUAUAGGAAAGACUGUAAACUUUUGCUCAAAAACAAGAACCCCAUUGAGGGGUGGAAGUCCUUAAUUAGAAUAAAAAAUAAGAGACUGCAUCAGAAUGUAUGUUAAUCCAAGGAGAGUUAAAAAAUGCCAAUUUGUGCAGAUAUUUGCCACUUGCUUUAUACUCUGUCUGAUGUUUUGGGGACCACUUGACGAAAAUAGUGUUGUGAGCCACAUGAAGUCUUACUCCUAUAGAUACCUCAUAAAUAGCUAUGCUUUUGUGAAUAAGAGCUUAUCAGUUAACAGGGAUAACUUGGACAGAGUAGCAGGCUAUCAGUACUUGAUUAACCACAAGGAGAAAUGUCAACAGCAAGAUGUCCUCCUCCUAUUAUUUGUGAAAACAUCACCUGAAAACUCCUACAGGAGAGACAUGAUUCGUCAAACUUGGGGUAAUGAAAACUACGUUCGUUCCUAUCUUAAUGCCAACAUAAAGACCCUGUUUGCUCUAGGGAAGCCAAAAGACCCUAUACAGAGAGAUCAAAUGCAAAAGAGGCUUCAAAUGGAAGAUGACAAAUAUGGUGAUCUGAUUCAACAAGACUUCUUGGAUACUUUUUACAAUCUUACUCAUAAAUUACUCUUGCAGUUCAGCUGGGUAAACAAGUUCUGCUCUCAUGCCAAGUUUGUUAUGUCUGCGGAUGAUGACAUUUUUAUCCACAUGCCAAAUCUUGUUGCAUAUCUCCAAAAUCUAGCACAAAUUGGUGUUCAAGACUUCUGGAUUGGACGUGUCCAUCGCGGAUCACCUCCCGUAAGAGAUAAGACCAGCAAAUACUAUGUUCCCUAUGAAAUGUACCCAUGGCCUGCUUAUCCUGAUUAUACAGCUGGAGCUGCAUAUGUAAUAUCAAGCGAUGUAGCAGCUAAAGUAUAUGAGGCCUCUCAGACUCUUAAUACAAGCCUUUAUAUAGAUGAUGUGUUCAUGGGUCUCUGUGCCAACAAAAUGGGAGUUGUACCACAGUAUCAUCUAUUUUUUUCUGGGGAAGGGAAGGCUAUAUAUCAUCCUUGCAUUUAUAACAAAAUGAUGACAUCUCAUGGACAUGUAGAAGAUCUUCAUUACCUUUGGAAGCAGGCUACAGAUCCAAAAGUAAAAAAUAUUUCCUCUGGUUUUUGGGGUAGAACAUAUUGUAGAGUAGUUAACAUUAUGCUUCUUUGCAGAUUAUACUAUCGGGACACAUAUCCUUGUUUAGCUGCACUGACAUAAUACUUGAAUAUCAAAAUAAGACUUACUGAGCCAAAAAUGAAUGAGAAACCUCUUACCUGUCUGAUAUAUGCAAAACAAAUUUGAAAUGUUAUAUAAACAUUGAAACCUGAAAACCUGCUUAUAUCCUGAAUUACUCACACAACAGCUUUGCCAAAGUUUUCUUAUAGAGAUUGAACCAUUUAUUCCCCCAUACAGCAGUUUUAAUGUCUUUUCAAGUGAUUUUAAGGUUUGGCUAGAGAUCCACUGAACAAUAAAAGUUUACAUUUCUAAAUGCUGAAUUAUCUGUAGGGGAAACUGAAUUGAACUUGGAAUACAGAAUAUACUUUUUACAGUUGUAGUAAGAGUUGGAAAGAAGGUAGGUAGAUGGGGAAAAAUUACUUGGCAGUGAAAGCUACGGAUGCACCAGUUAAACAGCAUCCUUUCCCCACCAAAAAAUCAUCACUACUCCCAAGCACAUGCACAUUUUGAUCUUAAGUCUUAACUGAAUAGCUAUGCAUUUUAUUACAGGCUACUGUUCACUUCAUGCUUCAGAAACUAUGUUAUAUAAGUGGUGCUAAUGCUGGUUUAACACUUUGUUUAAAUGAAUCCUGCAGAACCAUUGAUGCAAGGAAAAAUGGUAUUUGAGUACUCAGGUGGUGCCUUUCAAGUGCUUUGCAGUAGGAAUGAGUAUGUGCUCAUGAUGAAGUGUGCUUCAUCUCUCCCAUAAGUUUGUAAAACUGACUUUCACAGUAAGAAAUUUUUUUUUAAAACCCAACCCUACAAAAUAAACCUUGUGUGUGUGAUUGAAAGUGGGUAUAUCUAAACAUUCCAAUCCACCUUUGAACUAAGAGCACAAUUAACUAUGGACAGCCUCUUGGGCAGUCUUCUCUGCAAAUAUACUAACUUGUCAACCCAUUCUGUUGCUGUUAAACCUGAAAACAGGAAACAUCAAAUAAAACAACAAAAUAAAUCCUGGAGGGAGGUUCAAGAGGAAUACUAAUCGAUUAUGUGCCCUAUAAAGAUUAUGAGAAGCUUAAUAUGUGAAGCUCCAGUGAAAAGUUAAUGCUGAGAAACUGCAAGAUUAUGCAGCAUAAAGAAUGUGCUCUUCAAAAAUCUAGAAAGACUUAAAAUGCACACAAUCGGUGCUAACUUGGUAUUUUUCACCUCAAGCAAAGUCUGUAAUUUUACAAUACCAAUAUCUCCUAACAGGAAAUGUGUUUCAUCCCAAACUGUUGGAAGAAAUUUAUAAACAAAAUAUCAUCUGCAGCUUAUGUAGUAGGAUGAAGCCAGUUUAUGGCUUUGAUCAAAGCAUGUCUUGUAACAUGUAUACCUCUAAGCAACCUCCUUUGUCAUGGUUCUAGGGAAGGACUUGAACAUCCCCCGCUCCCAUUACUGACUUAGCUUGGGGUUUGAAACUAAGUAGAAUGUAGAGUAAACAGACAAGGUUUGAUCAAUUGAGUUUCCACUUGCAAUUUAACAUGAUACUGACAACUAGCUACAGGAAUUCCAUCCAAUAAUCGGAAAAUGCUUGAGAAUCCUGGUUGAAUCCUGAUCCUGCAACCAGACAUCUUGAGAAGUCCAUGGGAUUUGUCUGCAUUGCCAUUUGUAUUAAGUGUGUAAGUGUUUGCAAGAUAAAUGCCUUAGCUAGCACUUAUAUCAAAUUAUUUGAAAUGGCUGUGUGGGUGGUUUUUUUACAGCAGGUCUGUUGUGUUUAAAUAUCUAACUUAUUCCUUUUUUAAAGGGGCACAAAGUUUGUGUGCCCCUCUAGCAUAGGAAAGAAUGUUUAACAAGUUGAAAGAAAUUAUGAAGGUACUCCUUUUUUUAUCAAGGAAAGGAGAGCUGGACAAUUCCUUAAACUUUUCAGCCUUUGCCAUAUAUAUAUAUUUAUUUUAAACUGGAAAUUCUUAGGCUUGCUAGUGUUCCAAAUGCAGGGCUGUUGCACAACUUUUUCUUUCCAUCACAAGUAAAAUUGCAUCAGCCUGAAUGGUCAUGUCAGGCACCAGUUUUGACACUGUUGCACAAAAGUGUUAAAUAAAUUAGUUCUUGUUUGGUUUGAAGCUAUUUGAUUUUUUUUUCAAAAAUACAAUAAUUUAUUUUGCUCAGUAACACAAUGUUUUUGUAAAAGACUUGUUUUCAAUAAACAAUUUUGUGUAUUUUGUAAA